AUGACGGGAAACAGUAAAGAUAAAGAGGUACAUAAAAGUCCCUCUGUUAGUACUUUGAAGCUGUUGGGAAAGCGUUUGUUUAACUCCGGCAGUCACACAGAUAACUCUUCUUUGCUCCUCAGCGCUGAACAAUUGGGCAAUGGAAGAAGCUUAAGAAAAAGGCCAACUUCUCCAUCCAUCGGUGGCACUAGUAGUGGUCCAAAUUCACCUUCCUCUUCUGCUGGUGCUCGGCAAAGGUCAGCUUCUUUACACAGAAAAAAAAACAAUGCCUCAGUGGGGUUUUCGAAUGGACCCGUGUCCUCACAUAAGUCGUCUGCCGCAUUGCAAGACCUAAUCAAGCACAACAACAACCCCUAUUUGAAUUCACCCUCUGAUAUCUUAGGUACUGGUACUGGUAUUGCCUCGACAAGAGAUAGGGAUAGAAUCGCUUUGGACAGAGAAAAGGAAAGAGAAAAAGCGAGAAGCAAAGAGAGAAAUACUCAUCAUGCAGGCUUACCGCAAAGGUCCAAUAGCAUGGCCAGUCACCAUUUCCCUAAUGAGAAUAUUGUUUAUAACCCGUAUGGUAUAAGCCCAAACCAUGCUAGACCAGACACAGCAUUUGCAGACACUUUGAACAUGAACAAGGAGAACGAUUUAAGUUUCUACAUGCAUGAUGGUAACAGCAAGAUACGGAUGUUGCCCCUUCCAAUCGCUAAUCCGAAUGAUUUUUUACCGGAGGAUAUGAAACAAUAUAGUGUCCAUUUAACAGAUAAUUUUGUAUUUGAUACGGAUAAUAAGCCUAUCGGUUCAGGUGGGUCUAGUGAAGUUAGAAAAGUUAAAUCGACUUAUAGGCAAAAAGAUGUUUACGCUUUGAAGAAAUUAAACAUGAUAUAUCACGAGUCACCUGAGAAAUUUUACAAGAGAUGCUCCAAAGAGUUUAUUAUUGCAAAGCAUUUAAGUCAUAACGUACACAUCACGAAAACUUUCUAUCUUUUAAAAGUUCCUACCACCACAUAUACAACUCGGGGUUGGGGGUUUAUUAUGGAACUAGGUGUCAAAGACCUUUUUCAGCUGAUGGAGAGAACAGGUUGGAAAAAUGUUCCAUUUAGUGAAAAGUACUGCCUUUUCAAACAAGUGGCCCAAGGUGUUAAAUUUUGUCAUGACAAUGGUAUUGCUCAUCGUGACUUAAAGCCUGAAAAUGUUCUGAUUUCCAAAGAAGGUAUAUGUAAAUUGACGGAUUUUGGUAUUUCUGAUUGGUACCACGUGGUGCCUCAUGACUACACUAGUCCAGUGAAGACAUGUCAAGGUAUGAUUGGUUCUCCGCCAUAUACUCCACCGGAGGUAAUGUAUUUUGAUAUCAAGAAGCAUUACCCAGAAAAAUUCCAAAAACCAUAUAAUCCGUUGGCGAUGGAUUCAUAUGCCCUCGGAAUCAUGUUCAUUACCAUGAUUAACAAUAUCAUUCCAUUCAUCGAUUCUUGUAACACUGAUGCGCGGUUCAGGGAAUUUGAAGUGUCAUAUGACAAUUUCAUUAAUCAUCAAAAUCCUCAUUUUAGAGACAAGGGCUGUCACAAGCCAGGGCCUGGUUCUGAGUACUCUUUAGCAAGAAAUUUUAAGAAUACUGAUGCUACGCGUGUCGCAUGGAGGUUAGCUGACCCUAAUCCUGUGACUAGAUACACAAUGGAUGAUUUAUUCAAUGACCCUUUUUUCCAACAAAUUGAAACAUGCGUUGAACCAAACGAUGAUGAUUUGGUAAGGGUUCCUGAAUUGAGGAAAAGUACUUCUGCUACUGAUUUUACCGAGAAUCCGUUAGAUGGUCCGCGCGAUCAGGAAAUGGUUCACACUUCUAAUCCAUUUUUGAAAAAUGAAAUUCUACCUUCCAAGCCUAGAUCGAUGUUGGAAAUUGCUGAAUCUCCUUCCUUGAAACAAAAAUCGAAGGCAAAAGGUACCGCGAAGAAUAAAUCACACGCCGUUACAGAUGAAGGAGGCAAUGAAAGCACGUCACCUAAGCAACAAGAUCAUAGAAAAAACCUGAACGGAGAAGAGGAUAAUGACGCAGACAAGGAAGAAGCUAUGGAGAGUGGCGCUACUAAUGUUGAUAGCUUAUUGGAAAAGCCAACACCAACCUCCACGAAAGUCGAAAAUAUUCCAAGUGAAGAAGAUUCAACAAUGAAGGAAUUAAAGUCGAUGCUGGACUCUACUCCCACUACACCAAAACACAACGGACCAACGCCACUUCCUGCGAACAUCGGUGCUCAACUAGAUAAACGUAUGAGUGACCUAUCACUGAAAUCAGGAACACCAGUUUCUACUAAGAACUCUAGCGCACCAAAUGUAUCGUCAUCAAGCAAUUCAUUGAGAAGCCUCGGAAGUCCAAGCGUAUCCUCCUUGAAAAAGAAGAGAGUGGUUCACCACCACUUGGAUAUCACUAACAGCGUUACAAAUAUGUCAUCCGUGAGCGCCUUUAUCUCAAGAUAA